AUGUCUACUCCCGAGGAGUCGCCCGCCCAGCGCGCCGCCCGCCUGCGACGUGAACGCCUGCGCGAAGAAGCUUCACCAUCUCCCCAGCUUGCAGUCUCGCCAUCUCCUUCUCCCGUACCACAAAGCCGUCCAGCAUCAGCUCCUCAACCAGAUAUGCCGUCCGCAGAUUCCCUCCAAGCCCAACAAGAAGCCUUCCGUGCCAUGUUGCGACAGGUGGCCCCAGAUCAAGGACAACAGAAUGAUGUCGAGGACCCAACACUGAAGCUACUGGAGAAUCUCUUGGGCGCCAUGCCUGGUAGUCCCAAUGCACCCCCACCCGGCGCUCCAGGUGCCCCAGCGGCCCAGGGUGCUCCGGGCGCUAUGCCUGGCCAGUCGGCGGCAGGAUUCUCCCCUGCUGCCAUCGCAUCUGCACUCGGUGUGCCACCAUUCCUCGCCAACAUGCUAGGUGGAGCAUCUCAACCGCCGACUGAGCAGGAGCAGAAGACUGUAAGGAUAUGGAAGGGCCUACAUGUCGUGUUCGCGCUUGCGGUGGCCAUCUAUCUACUGUUCAUCAUUGGGGCAUCAGUUGCGACCUUCGGUAGCCCACCACCGAAGCCCGCUACUGCCCAAAACCCGUUUUUGAUCUUCGUGACUGGCGAGAUGGUCCUUACUGGAGGACGGGUGCUUUUCGGUGGGAAACAAGCGGGGCUUGGGAUGGUGGUGCAGCUAUUCAGGGACAUUGUUCGAGACGGAAGUCUCGUACUGUUUGCGCUUGGUCUGGGUGCUUGGUAUACCCGCGAGUGGCAGGCUGUUGCUUAG